AUGACAAAUUCCCCUGAUCUAAAGAAACGUAAAGUCAAGAAGCAGCUUAUUCUGAGUGCUGCUAACGUCAAUAACUCAAACUACGUAUGGAGGGACCCAAAAGAUACAGGUAGAGAGUUUGCUCAUAGCCUUGAACCAUGGAUCGAAUUUGCCAAACUUGCUGAAGAGGCAAAAUUCCAUAAUGUGUUCUUUGUUGAUCAAUUGAGUUGGUUUGAUGUAUAUGGAGGUGAUUUCAAUGCAAGUGCUAAACACGGUGUUCAUGCUGCUAGAAUAGAUCCAGCAGCUGUUGCUACUGCAAUUGCUUCUCAUACUGAAAAUGUCGGUAUUGUUAUCACUUUUAGUACCAUCAGUGAGCAUCCUUAUCAUUUUGCUAGAAGAUUGGCUUCUUUAGAUUUACUUACAAAUGGUCGAGUCGGAUGGAAUAUUGUAUCAUCAUAUUUGAAAAGCAUGGGACCAAAUCUUCUCAAUGGUGAACCUUUCCCGGAACAUGAUGAGAGAUAUGUGAAAACUCGUGAAUUUGUUGAUGUUGUUUAUAAGCUUUUAUUAUCAUCUUGGAGAGAAGAUGCUAUAGUUUAUGAUAAAGAAAAAGGUAUUUUUGCUGACCCAAAGGCCAUUAGGGAGAUUAAUCAUGAAGGCAAGUACUACAAUGUCAAAGGUCCUUCAAUAACUGAGCCUACUCCUCAAGGUUUCCCGUUGAUUGUCCAAGCUGGCACUUCUGAAAAGGGGAUUGAUUUUGCUGCUGAAAAUGCUGAAUUGAUUUUUGUUCCAAUUCAUAGUCCAAAAUCUACAACUGAAAAGAUUGCCAAAAUCAGAAAGUUAGCUUCUCAGAAAUAUAAAAGGGAUCCUCAUUCUCUGAAAUUCAUUGCUCCAUUAAUCCCAUUCUUGGGGAAGACUCAUGAAGAAGCUGAACAAAAAUUGGAGCAUUCUUUGAAAUAUGAAGACCCCUACGAUUCAUUGAUCUCACUUGGUGGUAUGAUUGGUAUUGAUCUUUCAGGCUUCGCUUUCGAUGAACCUAUUCAAUUUGAAGGUGAGGGUACUGGUAUUACUUCGAUCACUAAGAAUGUCUUUUUAAAACCGGAUGGAACACCAAGAACACCUAGAGAAAUUGCAACAUUUUGGAGAAGUACAACUCGUGCUGUUGGGACAGGUGAAGAAGUUGCACAAUACAUUCAAAAGCUGGUUGAAGAAACAGAUAUCGAUGGUAUAAAUUUUGUUUUCCCACAAUUCCCAGAUGGUUUCAGAGAUGUGGUGGAUAUCCUAGUCCCAGAAUUACAACGCUUAGGGCUGGCACAAAAAGAAUAUCCGGUUCCUGGGGGAACUUUUAGAGAGAAUUUUUGGGGUGAGAAAGGACAUGUCUUUUUGGAUGAAUCACAUCCAGCUUUUAAACAAAAAUGGGGAAAGGGAUUCACAAAAGAGCAAUUUGAGAAGCGUUUGAAUGAGCAUCUAAAGGUUGUCAAUGAAUAUAGAGCCUAA